GGGGGCACCGGUGUAAAAGUCCCGGGGAAAAUAUAUCCGACAUUUCGGGGCUAAAAGUAAAAAAAAAAAAACAUAAAGUGGCGAGUAGCCUUGAGACACGGGUCGAAGUGAAUCGAUGGAGGAGGCAAGAAAUUAGUGAAAUACACCAACGUCAGGAUAUUGAAUCAACCUGUAUACACCCUGAGAGAAUCCAUUGCUGACCAUCCAGUGCAACUAAAGAACAAGACCUGCUGUCCGUUAAUAUUUUUCCCAUGACGGUUCCUGAUCUUCUACGGGAAAUUGGAUAAACUCCAAUUAUUAUUUUGUGCUGCCAUUACAUUCCACUGAUUACAUUGUGCUAGCAUCCAGAAAUGACCCUCCCCAACUAAUACAUAUAUACACUAAUAUAUAUACCAUGAUUUCAUGUUUUGUACAGAAAUAUCUGGAUCUCAUCUGUGAACUAUAUACAGAAAUAUAAGAAUAUAUACGCUACCAUUUUAGUGGGGGACGUUUGACAAGGGUCUAUAACUAACAUGCUUUAAUAAAGGAGGAAAAAAAUUAACCCCUGCUAUUUCACAAUAUUACACUUUUUGCCAUUCCAAAAUAAAACUGACCCCUUUCAUAGAAUUUGAUCACUCCUUCUCUCCUGUAUCAUCACUCUGUUUUGUUAAGAGUUGUUGUCUAACAAGCAGACCCAUGAUCAAAGGUGCUCCAGCCAUGACCAUCCUGUCUUUUUAGGGGAUAUCUAGGACCAUAUUUUUUAAUGCUUCCUUUCCUUGUUUAAGACAGUAGGCUGUGGUUUGAGGGAUAGCUGGCUGUUACUUUUUGCAAGUCAAGUGAUUCCUUACAGACUUUUGUUAAGGGCAUAAAGAUGAUUGUACAUGUAAGGGAUAGUUUAGGGGUUAGUUACUCUGUGGAACCCCUAUUUUGUGUGUUCCCUAAAUGGACUAAUCUCCAUAUCUUUUAAUACUGCAUUAACCCUACCGCUUACCCACCUUUUAGUUGACCCCUUCCCUCACCAUGGUCCGUAGUCAGUGCCCUUUCUCUGUGUUUAAGUUUGGGCUGACUGCAGUUGAUCAGCCCCUAAUUAAACCUCAAACACAAAAUCGUUCAAGAGUUGGUCUUCAUAAAAGUAAACUGCUCCAGUCUACUUGAAUAACUGUCAUUCGUGUCUGUCACCCCAGUAUAUAACUGGUAUAGUUUAUACAUAGUUCCUUCUCCGUAGACCAUAGACAGUUAUAAGGUCUGUCUAGGCUGUGAUUAAACUGAAACUGUGGAUGUUUCUAGUCUAGUGCUCCUCUAUUUUCAGUCAUAGUGUAGUAAUUAUAUAACUAUAUACGAUUAUAUAUAUAUAUUAUAACCAUAUACAGUCACAUGUAGUUGUUGAUGAAAUAUAGUUACUCUAUGUAUGUUAAGAUGUCUAGUUAAUUAUCUAGUUAAUUACGUUACAUUUUGGUAAGUUUAUAUGUAAGUCCCUCACCAAACUGCUAGUCAUCGUCAUAUCAUCAUCUUCAUCAGUGUUAUCAAUAUCAUCAUCAAGAUCGUCAUCAGCAUACUUUCAUAGCAAUUACGCCUCAGACUCCUAAAUAGAACAAUCAGCAUGUACGCAAACCAAGAGGUUCAAUUCUCACCCGUUGUUGGAAACAAUCACUCCUACGGCUUCGGUCCGUUCACGACCCCAAGCCCAUCAACACCGCCCUUGUCCAAUCCGUACACCUAUGUCAGCUACCGGCAGUCGUACAUCGACAAGAAACCCUACAAAUGCAAUGUCUGCCGUAAGCGGUUCACCCUCCGUGCAUAUCUGAAGAAACACGAAUUGGCUCCCGAACUAGGGAAGCAUUUCAUCUGUGUCUUCUGCUGUAAAGCGUUCCCAGAAAGGGACAAGCUAAAGAUCCACGAACGGACCCACACAGGGGAACGCCCAUUUGCAUGUGAUAUCUGCCCGAUGGCUUUUGCUCGUAAAGACAAGCUAAAAAACCAUGCCAGAACUCACUCAGGAGAAAAACCAUUUGUCUGCCAUAUUUGCCCAAAAGCUUUUUCUCGAAAUGACAAAUUGAAAAUCCAUCAACGAACCCAUUCUGGGGAGAAGCCGUUUUGUUGUCAGAUUUGUACGAAAGCUUUCUCUCGGAAAGACCACCUAAACAAGCACGAACGUACUCAUACCAACCAUUACAGUUGCUCUCAGACUAUUCACCCUCACGACAAAACCAAUAUGACUUCGGUACUCUCGAAUGCAAAGUGUGGCAAUCUUUUAAAGAAGGAAUUUCUGCAUGGAGACAGACAUGACAUUUCACGCCAUUUGACCCCGGUUUCUGCUGACGAACUAUGUAAAACGAUUCCAAUUAGUGGUCUGAACACACCUGUUUUAAUGAAUACUACAGGUGUCAGCUCAGCACAGCAUCAUUCUUAUCAAGUUGCAUCAGUGUCUUCGUCUCCUCACCAACCAACAUCAGCCUCUUCCACAUCCAAGACGACAACCCUUCUAAAACAGCCGGUUCUCUCAACCCUGAACCUCGACAACCUUGCAUCGUCCCUCUGUUCCCAUCAGAAAAGUAUCUCACAGCCCCAGAGGUCUACAAACACCACGGUUUCUAUAGCAACAGCUGCACACCAACAGCCUCCACAACAACAACAUCAACAACAACAGCAGCAGCAGCAGAUGCCCUCGCAAGCUCACUACGACUGGAAACGGAACACUUCGCCGGCGUCUUCGUGGACAUGGAAUGGCUGCCCCAGUACCUUGACCAUUCCCUCCUACACAGUUGGUCAGAGAAAAGGUGACAAUCAAGGAUCAUCUGACAAUAACAUCCAAUCAUUGAUGACUCAACUACAUCUGUUGUCUUUCCUGUAUGCGUUAGAUAGAUCAGGAGUUGAGAUGGAGGGAAACAGUUGCAAUCAUAUUGGCCACCAUCACCACAAUCACCAUCACCACAACCAUCACCAUGGUCACACUCUUCACAACAGCAGCAGCAGUAAUCAACAAGCUGUCGUGCUGGCUGCGGCUAAUUUAGCAGGGGACGGUAACAUGGCGCUGUCGGUGGCACCGGGGGGUGCGACGUCCGACAAGCAGUACAAGUGCGACAUCUGCGGCAAGUGUCUGUCGCGAAGGGACCACUUGAAGCUCCACAAGCGGAUCCACACCGGUGAGCGCCCUUUCAAGUGUCAGAUCUGCGGCUGCGCUUUCUAUCGCAGCGACCACCUGGCACGGCACCGAGGCACGCAUCAGCUGGAGAAGCGGUUCAGCUGCGAGAUCUGCCGCAAGACGUUCGUGCACCGGUCGUACCUGAAGGUGCACCAGAGGAUCCACACGGGCGAGCGGCCGUUCCGGUGCCAGAUCUGCGGGUUCGCCUUCUCCCGGAAAGACCACCUCGUCAAACACAAUCGGCCGAACAAGAACGGCAUCAAAAUAAGCUGCGUGCCGCUACGCAACAACAGCAACAACAACAACAACAACAACAACGGAAGUAAUAAUGUUACCCUGGCAACAACAACAUCAAUCACAACAGAAGCCUCCCCAACACCAAUCAGCAGCAGUAACAUCAACAGCAGUAGUACUGGUGGUGGUGGUGGUGGUGGUAGUAGUAGUAGUAAUAGUAGUAGCAGUAGUAGUAGUAGUAGUAGUUCUUCAAAUACCAAUAAUAAACCUAACAAAGAUAAACAGACUAGCCCCACUACCGUUGCCGCUAACAGCUCUGGGGUGAAUACCAGUUGUGCUGUCAGUGUCAAUACAUCACAGCAUGCAGUGGUUGCUAGCCAACAAGCAAGUGCCUCGGUUGUCGACAUCUCGAGCCAACCACAGCACUCAGGGGUGAACGUUAGUCACCACCUCAACUCGAACGUGGUAGCGAGCACUCAAGCCGCCUCCUACCCGGCCGGCACCCAGGUCUACCCGCUCUACACCCAGAUGAAUCCUGUCACACAUAUCUUUCCGAGCACGAUACAGAUAUCGCCGGCGACCACGCAGAUCUUCCCUACCAUUCAAAUGUACCAAGGAGCCGUCACCGUCUCUGCCCCAGCGGCAGCACAGCUUUAUCAGACGAAAUAAAAUUUAAAAAAAAAAAACAAAAACAGACAGACAGAGAAAACAAUGAAAUUUUAAACCCGAGGAAAUUUUCAA